CGGAUUUUAUACACAAACAGGCAAGGAAUAUGGAUAACGCUUUUAUUUUGUUCUUUGUGAGCUUGUGGCAUCUGGUUGAUGUGACAGAGGAAAUAAAGUCAGUAUCGGUGAUGGAGGGAGAUUCUGUCACUCUGCACACUGAUAUUACUGAAGUACAGAAAUAUUUAUUGAUUCAGUGGAUGCUCGGAAACUCUCGAAUAGCUGAAGCCAGCAAACUCACACAAACUAACUCCACAUAUGAUGGUCCAGAUGGAAGAUUCAGAGAUAGACUGUAUCUGGAUGAGAUUGGAUCUCUGACCAUCACAAACACCAGAAUCACUGAUUCAGGAAUUUAUAAACUGACACUUAUCAGAAGCCAAACCAGUUACAGGAGUUUUAAUGUUACAGUCUAUGUGGCUCCACAAAGUACUUCAUCUCCAGAAAGUUCAUCAAACUCAAACUUUUUGUCAUCUCCGUAUGCAUUGAAUAAUCCAACCAUAAACCAGACUGAGGAUGCCAACAGUAAAAAUCUCAAUCAGUCAAGUUCAGACCACAUCCACUGUUGUGGUUUCCCUGAAAUUGUGAUCCGUUUGGUCGUCUCUGCUGUUGUUAGUGUGGCUGCUGUUGCAUUUCUUGUUUAUGAUAUAAGAUCUACAAGAAAUGAGCUGAACUGGGCGGAAGAGACUAGACGACACCAGCAGAUGCAUGCAGCAAAAUCACACCAGCGCUAUGAACCAACCAGAAGAAUAAGCUCCAGAUAUGUUUGCUGAGUGUUACUGGUAUAAUCUUAACCAGAUAAAUUGACAUAUUAACACACAGUAUUUUACAUUGGACAAUUUAUUGAUUGUACAGAAUUUUAACUGAUCUAUUACAUAUGACUGAAGAUCAUCUCAUAGAUUGUUGCUGUGAAUUUUCAAUGGAAUCUCUUUUUCCUCUCAUUCUCUGUCCAUGUUUAUAUCUUAAACAGUUUUGAUACAAAAGCCUUUCCCUGAGAAUCACAGAAUUCACCUGAUUAUACACCAGCGGCUCUGAUUGUGAGUUGACAUGUAUGACAAUAUUCACAUUUACACAUUGUGGAAUAAUCUGAUGAUUGGUUGAUAGACAAAUUGGUUUUAAAAGAGUUCAGUUAGUAAAGCAAAGACUGGGAAGAAAAAAAAUACAUUUAUUUAAAUGCAACAGACCUUAUUUCUAGGAUUUUCAGUUAAUCAGCUCAUUUUAGUUUCCUAUAAACACUUAGAGCCACUAGAUGGAGCUCUCGCUGUGUUAUUUUCAAGCGGCAACCUCCCGCUCUCCCUCGGGAAGCCAAUACGGAAGUAACUGAAACUGCAAUUCAUCAAAAUUCCGCUAGUCCUGGCUCCAUAAUAGAGCAAACUGCAAUUGAGUCCACUGUUAGAAUGGCCAACUUUACAGCAGAAAAAAAAGUGUUUACAGCCUGGUACAAAGAACGAUUUUGGUUCAUAUAGCUAUUAUUACCCUCCAUGACUACUGUGAGGGGGU